CUAUGACAGGAGCAGCAGGUAGAUAUAGAGUCCCAGAUUGACAACUCUCACACAUACUUACCCAGACACAUCCACGCAAACAAACAUGAACCCCCUCACAAGUUGAGUGUGUACUGCAAGUCACAAUGUGAUAAUGCAAAGACCACCCACACAAUUGACUCUUGACGUUUGCUGGAAAGGGCCCUGUGGCUCAAAUAUGAUUCGUGGUCAGCUUCGGGCGAUCCAUGAACAAUGAAGUGCCGCAUUGGAUUGCGGCUGCUCUGUGUCGUAUGUGUGAGAUGUUUGGCCGCAGCUCUUCAAGACUUCAAUGGUCAGCUUCGCGGAAGCCUGGUGCUCUCCGUUCAGGCACCAGGCCGAGGCCCUCGAGGUCCUGAUGGAGAUCGUGGGCCAGAUGGUCCAGAUGGACCACCAGGCCCUCCAGGGCCACCGGGUGCUACGGUGAUUCUACCGUAUGGAAACCCAUGGAUGGGCUACAGUGCCUACUCCAUGAGUCCCGUUGGUCCUAUGGGUUCCAUGCCGCUGGUCCCUUUGGCUAUGAUUCCUGCACCUGGCGCUUUGCCCAAAGUAACGGCACCUGCUGAAGAUCCAGCCAUAAAAGUCAACCGGACAAACACUGCACACAAACUCUGCGAGCAGCUUGCUGCACCUGGCGAGCUGUUCGAAAGUUGCAAGGUGCUAGUGAUUCGCUCAUUGGCCGAGAAUAGAUCGCCGGAAGCUUCAUUAGCACUAGCGAACGCCACCGUCACACUCCAACAACUUGGUUUGACGCAAUCAUCUGUUCAUGUUGGAGCAAUGGAGGCGUUGAAAGCUUUCAGUGCAGGAUUACCUCCAGACCAGGCCAUGCAGAAGGCAGAGGGGGCUGCAAUUUAUCAGGAGCUUUUGGACAAAACUCACACGCCUGCAGCAGCUGCGGCUGCCGAAGCUAGGGCUUUGGAAGCCUUGAAGCUGGGUUACAACUCCAAGGCUGCGUUAGCAUCAGCAAAUGCGGCUGGCAAAGCGAUUGAUGAUGGCCUCACUCUAUCAGCCGCUGAGGCUGCAGCCACAGCGGCUGCCGAUGCCAUCAAGGGAGGAAAGUCAUCGGGUGAAGCAGCAGCAGCUGGAGAAGCGGUGGCUGCUGUGACGCAAGGCGACAGAACUGGCAGAGCUGCGAAUGACAAGCAGCAAAUUGUAAUCCACAUCCACCAGGCAGAACAGAAGCCCGAGAUCAAGGUCUCCCAAAAUACCUAUGCAACACCGGCUGCAGCUGCUGCUAGCCAGAAUGCAGAACAGGAGAAGGACUCAGCAGAAGAACACCAACAACGGCAGACACCAGCGGAGGACAUUGACAAGCCAGAGGCAAAACAAGAGGCAAAGAAGCAGCUCAAGGAAGGAGCCAGAGGCAAAACCAUCGACAAGUUCGAGGCAAAGCACAAGGAGGAAGAGCCGUCGAAGGAAAGAGAUCAAGCAGAAGCAGACGGAGAAAAGUCAUCAGCAGUAUCAAGCAAUGAAUCAGAGGUGAAGCAAAAUGAGAAGGUCAAGACGGAGCCUGCAAUGAAAGGAAACCAGACAAACCAAACAGGGUCCGAGUAUACACAAGCGACACGCAGCGGAGAUGAUACCAAGCCUCCGACAAAGCCUGAGAGCGACUCUGGAGGAAGCAAGCUGAAGACGGAGGUUGGCAAGCCAAAGGCUUCCAAUUCUUCGGCAGCUGAAACCACAAAGUCACGCGUCCCGAUCCCUGCCUUUUCUUGGCCAUUUGGAAAUUCCACCAGUAACAGUACUGACGUUGAGGAAGCAAGCAGUGGAAUUCUUGAUGGAAUCAAGGAUUUUUUCGAUAACCUCUUUGGAGACAACGCCACAGAGAGCGACAAUUCAACAGUGGCGGCCAUUCAGAGAAAUCAAUCGAUCUCUGCGUGGUGAUUAGCGUAGAUGCUCGUACGGCAUGUUGCGGAAGGGUUUUGGCAGCAAUACGCAAAGAAAUGCAGAGA